AUACACGAUGUCGUUUUCUUCCUGGAUGAAAGGAGAACAAUUCAGAGACCAUUUUGAUACAGGAAUAUAUGUUUGUUCCAAAUGCAACCAUCAACUUUUUUCAAGCGACUCAAAAUUCAGCCAUGAUACGCCCUGGCCGGCUUUUGCGCAAACUUUACAAAAAGAUUCAGUUUCAAAGCGACAAGAAAAACCGGGUACACUGAAGGUAAGCUGCGGUGGAUGCGGGAAUGGAUUGGGUCAUGAGUUUAUUGGAGACGGACCUAAAGGAGCUUCGAGAUUUUGAAUAUUCAGCCAUUCACUGAGGUUUGUGCCUGGAAAAGGCAAAACUACAGAGACUGAAAACAAAAUGUCGGAUUCUGGCUGCUGAGGUUAAAAACCGGUUUCUAAAUCAGCUGUUCAAGCAAUUUAGGGCCAAACCAAAUAUUCUGAAUUUUUGUAAUUUUCUUUAAACUAAACAAAAAAUGUGUUCUAAAUAUUUAUCAGUAUUUAAAGAAACAAUUUUUUAAUCCUAAUCACAUUCCUUGAUUUUUAAACUUUUUCUGCUAAAUGACGCAAUACUCUAAAAUGAUUCCAAAGUGUAUUGCAGAUGAAGUAAUAAGCAAGAAAAUAAAAAUAUGAAUAUAUUUAUAAAUGUAUAUUAUCUGUAAACCAAAUAAAAGUCUUUAAAAACAUUA